AUGGCAGACAAGGAUAGCGUGGAGAAGUACUUGGAGAAUAACCCCCAGUUCGCCAGAGAGUAUUUUGACAGAAAGGUGCGAUGCGAGGUGAUCGCCGCUGCAUUCGAGGAGAAGCUGGAAAUCAAGGAUCCGGCUUCAUUCAAGGAUGUCAGCCAAGUGCAGGAGGCUGCCAUCCUCUUUGACAUGAUACAAGACAUGCAUUCACAGACCAUCAUGGAGAAGGCCAUGCACAAGGUCCUGCAGAGGAUAUGUUUGCUGGUCAACGCCGACCGAUGCAGCUAUUUCAUAUACCGGGCCAGAAACGGCAUCCCAGAGCUCGCUACAUGUCUUUUCGAUGUCACUCCUACAUCCAAAUACGAGGCCAACCUGGUGAACCCGCAGUCUGAGAUUGUGUUCCCCACUGACACUGGCAUAGUUGGCCAAAUAGUAACCACCAAAAAACCAGCCAAUGUUCCAGAUGUCAAACAGAAUCCCAGGUUCAGUGAUUUUGUGGACAAGCAGACGGGAUACACCACUAAAAACAUGUUGGCUGCUCCGCUCAUGCAGGGAAAAGACCCACUCGGUGUGGUCAUGGCAAUAAACAAGGUCGGAGCAAAUGAAUUCUCUAAAGAAGAUGAAGAUGUAUUCAGCAAGUACAUCAUUUUUGCCACAGUCAUCGCCCUGCAGCAUUACACUAACUACAUGUAUAAUGUGGAAUCUAGAAGAAGCCAGGUACUUUUGUGGUCUGCAAGCAAAGUGUUUGAAGAGCUGACGGACAUCGAGCGUCAGUUUCACAAGGCUCUGUACACCGUCAGGACCUACCUUCAGUGCGAGAGGUACUCGUGCGGCCUGCUGGACAUGACCAAAGAGAAGGAGUUCUACGAUGAGUGGCCGAUUAAACUGGGAGACGUGGAGCCAUAUAAAGGCCCGAAGACUCCCGAUGGCAGGGAGAUCAUCUUCUACAAGAUCAUCGAUUAUCUGCUGGAAGGCAAAGAAGAGAUCAAAGUUAUACCGAACCCUCCUGCAGACCACUGGGCACUGGUUAGCGGACUGCCCUCCUAUGUUGCUGAAAACGGCUUUAUCUGUAACAUGAUGAAUGUUGCUGCUGAUGAGUACUUCACAUUCCAGAAAGAAGCUGUGGACGAGACUGGUUUCGUCAUCAAAAACGUUCUGUCCCUUCCCAUUGUUAACAAGAAAGAAGAAAUUGUCGGUGUGGCCACUUUCUUCAAUCGAAAAGACGGCAAGCCAUUCGAAGAGCAGGAUGAACAGAUUACUGAAGCUCUAACGCAGUUUCUCGGAUGGUCCGUACUAAACUGCGACACGUAUGACAAACUGAACCGGAUGGAGUGGAGAAAAGAAAUUGCAGAAGAAAUGGUCUUGUAUCAGACCAAAGCCACUCCGGCUGAAGUCCAGCAGAUUCUGAACACAAAGGAGAAGUUUGACCAGAACCCAGAAGACUGCGAUCAGAAAGAAAUGUACAAACUCUUGAGAGCCAACAUUCCAGAGGCCAAAGAUGUCGAUCUGCUAGAAUUUAGUUUCAGUGACUUCCCUCUGACGGAAACCGAUCUCAUCAAGUGUGGCAUUCGCUGUUUCUUUGAACUGGGAGUGGUGGAGAAGUUCAAGGUGCCAGCAGAGGUCCUGACCAGAUGGAUGUACACGGUGCGCAAGGGCUACCGAGACAUCACCUACCAUAACUGGAGGCACGGCUUCAACGUGGGCCAGACCAUGUUCUGUCUUCUGCAGACCGGAAAGCUGAGAAGAUACUACACAGAUCUUGAUGCCUUCGCGAUGGUAGCGGCUGCAUUCUGUCAUGAUAUUGACCACAGGGGUACCAACAAUCUCUACCAGACAAAGAGCGCAUCACCUCUGGCCAAGCUUCACGGCUCCUCCAUCCUUGAAAGGCACCAUCUUCAAUACAGCAAGACUCUGAUGGCUGAAGAGAACGUUAACAUCUUUCAAAGUCUGCAGAAACGCCAGUUCGAGACGGUCCAGCAUUUGCAUGAUGUCUGCAUCAUUGCGACUGACCUGGCUUUGUAUUUCAAAAAAAGGACCAUGUUCCAGAAGAUCGUUGACGCCACCGAACCCAUGGCUAAAGAGGAGGAGAUGGUCGCCCACGUGGCCAACAAUCCCAUCAGGAAGGAAAUCAUUAUGGCAAUGAUGAUGACCGGAUGUGACUUGUCUGCCAUUACCAAGCCAUGGGAAGUCCAGAGCAAAGUGGCUCUCAUGGUGGCAGCUGAAUUCUGGGAACAGGGAGACCUGGAAAGGACUGUGCUAGACCAACAACCCAUUCCCAUGAUGGACAGAAACAAGUCAGAUGAACUUCCGAAGAUGCAGUGCGGUUUCAUUGACUUUGUGUGCUCGUUCGUGUACAAGGAAUUUUCUAGGUUCCACAAAGAAAUCACCCCCAUGUUUGAUGGCUUGAACAACAACAGAGUCCACUGGAAGGAACUGGCUGAUAUUUACCAAGCAAAAGUAGACGCUAUAGCCAAUGAGAAAAAGAGACUAGAAGAGGAGCAGGCUAAAAAGGGAGGUGAGGAAGGAGGAGAGGGAGGAAAGUCCAAAACCUGCACCAUCUUUUAAACCACCAGAAAUUGAAAGCCACAGAGGAGUCUGGGCCAGCUGGAAAACGCGAGAGGACGCUGAAAG